CGGUGCCACCAGCGGUGCCACCAGCGGUGCCACCAGCGGUGCCAGCGGCACGGGGACCGCCGGCGGCGAUGGCAGCGGGGCUGUGGCGGCGCGGGGCGCUCUGGGCCGCGCUGCUGCUGCUGGCGGCGGCGCAGGAGCCGUGGCGGCAGCUGAUCCAGUGGGAGAACAACGGGCGGCUCUACAGCCUGCUCAACAGCGGCGCCGAGUUCGUGCCCGCCGGGCAGGAGCGGCCCGCGGGCAGCCGCCUGUGGCUGGCGGGCACGGCGGGCACCGCGGGCACCGCGGGGACAGCGGGGACAGCCGGCAGCGUCCGCCGCCAGGCCCCCGCCUCGGGGACGGUGCGGGGACAAGCGCGACAUCCCUUCGGGUUCGGCCAGGUGCCGCCCAACUGGCGGGACGGGCCGCUGGGCGACGGCGCGGGGGGACAGCGGCGACAAGCGGCGCGCGGGCGACAGGCGGGCGCGACAGCCUCGGGGGUGGCGGUGUCGUCGUUCGCCUUCGCCUCGGCGGGACAGCCGCCGUUUGUCGCCGCGGGGGUGGCGGGACAGCCGCCGUUUGUCGCCGCGGGGGUGGCACCGCAUGGGGAGCGCCCCGAGGGUGUCCCCGCGUCGCGGAACGCGGUGGCGGCGGGGACAGCGAUGGGGACAGGAAUAGGAACACCUAUGGGGACAGGGAUGGGGACACCUAUGGGGACAGGGAUGGGGACACCUAUGGGGACAGGGAUGGGGACACCGAUGGGGACAGGAAUAGGGACAGGAAUGGGGACACCGAUGGGGACAGGGACCGGGGUGGCGUUCCCGCUCCAGCCCCGUGCGCUUCCCGAGGAUUUCCGGGAGGAGCCGCAUCCCUACGGAGCCGCGGGAGUGCCGCUGGAUCGCCGCUAUUCCCACAGCCUGUACCACGACGCCGAUGCCGAGGCGCAGCCCGGGCUGGGAUCCAUGGAAAAUCUGGGAUUUGGGGCGCAGUUCCCACCCCAAGAGGCGCAGCCGCCCUUCCGGCCGCCCGAAUCUUUUGGGGUCGCUCAUCCCGAGCCCUUCAUUCCCGAAAUUCCACAGGCAGUGCCCGACAGCCAAGCCCGGCUCAGCGUGGGCAGCGUCUACAGGCCCAGCUUUGGGGCGCGCGGUCUCCCGGACCUGGUGCCGGACCCCAGCUACGUGCAGGCCUCGACGUACGUGCAGAGAGCGCACCUGUACUCGCUGCGCUGCGCCGCCGAGGAGCGCUGCCUGGCCAGCACAGCGUACGCGGCCGAGGCCACCGACUACGACGUGCGGGUGCUGCUGCGCUUCCCGCAGCGCGUCAAGAACCAGGGCACGGCCGACUUCCUGCCCAGCCAGCCCCGCCACCGCUGGCAGUGGCACAGCUGCCACCAGCACUACCACAGCAUGGCGGAGUUCAGCCACUACGACCUGCUGGAUGUCACCUCGGGCCGCCGGGUGGCCGAGGGACACAAGGCCAGCUUCUGCCUGGAGGACACCACCUGCGACUUCGGCCACCUCAAGCGCUACGCCUGCACCGCCCACACCCAGGGGCUCUCCCCGGGCUGUUACGACACCUACAACGCCGACAUCGACUGCCAGUGGAUCGACAUCACCGACGUCCCCCCGGGCAACUACGUCCUCAAGGUGCAGGUGAACCCCAAAUAUUCCGUGCUGGAGUCGGAUUUCACCAACAACGUCGUGCGCUGCCACAUCCACUACAGCGGGCGCUUCGCCGCCGCCUCCAACUGCCGCCUGGCGCAAUCCUGACGGCAGCCGAAUCCCUGGAACGUCGCCCGUCCCCUUUCCCGGGAUGUCCCCGAGGUGGCUCCACUGCGUUCCCAAAAUCCUGCCUUUUCCCAAUAAAAAGCGGGGAAGCCA